GAAGCUGCAAAACUGGAUGGAAGCAGCGCAUAAUGUCCGAAUAGAAUUGUGGACUGCCUUCAAACUUCUCUGAGGGGGAAAUUUGGGCGAGCAACAAAAUAUUGCCAAGCUAAGGUGAUUUCAACCUUCGGUAACCUAAACAUACCCACAAUGUCGGUUUUACGGCUCCUUUCGCGGUUGUUGUGGCUUUUUCGAUAUUCUACGCCGAUGAUCAUGAUCGCAUUUUCAUCGAUAUCAAUAUCGGCAUUUUCUUUUCGAUUUCCCAAAACAAAUYGUAUGCAAAGAGAAGGUGGUCGACGAAACRAUGUUGGCAUGGGAUAUCGAAUACGGCAGUCGGGKGCGCCAUCGUCUAAAUUAUCGGCUCCCAGGAUAUCUCAUCGAUCGUUUCAACACGUUUCUUUGUUGCCGUUUUCCUCGGCUUUAUAUUCUGCACAACGUGGACCCUUCGAAAAGGAAACAAAAUGUCGCGACAUGGGGUCUCUCUCGGACUGGGCCCGCAGAUGCGAAGUCGUCCUAGCCGACGGUAUAGAACUCGCUGAGGACGCACUGGGGGACUGGAGCUUGAGGUCUACAAAAUUCAUCGAACAGGGGAAUGCUAUUAUUACCGUUCCGGCGCAGGUUAUUUUCACGAGCGAUAUCACUGGUGAUUCAUUUUUACCGUAUUAUAGUGAAAUCGAUAUGCAAAAUGUUUGCGCAUGGAUUGAGACAGAACUAGAAAUGGGAUCACAAUCCAACCAAGAUUAUCUACCGGAGUAUACGCUUGUUUACAAAUUAAUUCAAGAAGUCUAUCUGGAUUCAAACUCUCGGUGGUACGAGUGGUGGAAAUCUUUGCCCUCCGAGUUUUCUACUGGGCUGUAUUUGGAUGAGGUAGAGCGGAACUAUGUGGAACGCAUGACUGGCGACUUCUUAAGAAUCCAGAGUCUACAAUUCCAAGCAUGCUUAGAACUCUUCGAAAAGUUACUUUCAACUCAAGGAACUAACGGAGGAAAACCAUUGAUACCAACCGACUUUCAUCAAUGGCUGGUAGGACUUCAGAAAAGCAACAAUGAGGAAUUGAGCUUUUGUGACUUAGUCAAAUGGGCUUACACAAUCGUUUUUACUCGUAGUUGGAGAUCACCUGACCGCAAAGACGCUCAAAUUGUUCCACUUGGUGAUCUAGCCAACCAUGAUAGUCAGUUUKCCAACUUGAAGCCUGGAUUUCGAAAAAUGGACGGUGCCUUUCAAUUCUUUGUGACAAGUGAUAUCGAUGCAGUGGGACCAGCCCCAUUAUAUUUGUCGUACGGUUUGACCUAUGCACCUGCCAGAUAUUUAGUGAUCUUUGGAUUUUGUGACGUAACGGCUGGAUACAUCGACGCAAAUCUUGACUUUUUGCARCAAAAUAGUGAUAGCAAUUGGGCAACAACUCUAGAGCCUUCCCAGUUGGUCAUUUCGACCACUAAUGGAGCGCUUUCAGAGGAAGUUUGGGUGGCUUUUCUUUACAAUUUUUUGCAGAAAGAGGAACCAGAAGUACUUGAUCAAAUACAAAAAACUUUUGCUGAGGAUGGUAAAGAACAAGGAGAUAGGCUUCUGGAAAAGCUGCUAGACACAUGGGAAUUGGAAGUUGGGAUGAGAAUUCAGUCGCAUUAUCAAAGGUUGUUAGAUGUAGAGUUUGCCCCCAUCUCAGUUACAGAGAAUGAUUUGAUGAAGCACCCAAACCUGAGUAUGGUCGUUAACUAUAACUUGUUCAUCAGAGAGACGUAUCUUGGUGUCUUGGAGCACAUCGGCUUAUUCAUAAGCCAAUCGAAGAGCCUUCAAGACGUUUCUGCUUCCAAAGGAGAGAACGGAGCAGAAGCGACUACGGAUCGUGUGUCCGACGAGCAGUCAAUUCUUCAUUUUCAAUACAAUUAUACCAAACAAACAAAUGUUGCAAAAUCUUCAUGGGAUGACAACUCUACUGACAAACUAUCGCCUGUUGUUUCGCCGCCGAUGGAAGCGUUGGCAUCCACGAACUUCAAUUCAUCAUUCCCGAAUUAUACAGAAUCGAUCCAAAUCGGAGAAAGAAAUGUCUCUCUCGCUGACAGGACAUUGGACUUCCCUUCAAAAACAAAACAAGAACUGUUCGGUUCGAAUGAACGCACUAAUUAUUCCAUUGGAAUACAGCGAUCUGUUUCUGAUGCUGAGGGGUCGCGCGAAUUAAACUCGCAAUCUUUCCAGGAAACAAAGAGCACCAACGCAACUACUACAACGAACUUCUCGGUUGGAAAUUUCAAUCCACAAUACUAUUCGAACUCGGGAACAACUGAAUCUCCCAACUCAAUUUCUGGUUCAAAUAUAGAUGGAGGCCGCGAAGAAAGGAACAACUCGAAUGCAACACCAGAAACAGCUGCUUCUUUGGAAUCAGAAUCUUAUUCAGAUUUAAAAACGAAUCUUCCCUACGAAAACUACGAUUCUCAAACUUCGUCUUUUGAUUGGUCGUCGCAAGAUACCAACUCCACCGCAACAACAGGAUAUCCUACUGAAAAUAAAUUUCCGCAAGCUCUCUCGGAUACUAUGUCUGAACUUUCUUACGGGACAUCAGACUCGCAACCUUAUUCGCUCGACCAGUCGGAUCAGACCAAUUUUCCAGCAUUCGGUAGUGAAAACAAAUAUUCACAUCCCUUUUCGGUGUAURGGACACCAACCUCACAAACUARCUCUCCUAAUCAAUCAUCAAAAGGAUGGGCUGAUGCGGCUGAACCAAACUUCUCGAAUGGAAACUUGGAUUCGCAAUCUUAUUCCAGUGACCAAACAAUGCCAGCGCAGGAAAAAACGAUUGACACGUAUGGCUUUCCAAAUGAAAAUACUUAUUCGCAGCCUGAUUCUCUCAAUACGCAAAAUCCAUCGCAACAGAAUCAAGAUCUGGUAACGGCGUAUGCGGAAUCUCUUCUUUCGGACCAGAGGGGGGAUCCUCGUCGAGAAGCAGAUUUUCAGCGCCAGCCACAGAAUACAGAAGGCGCUUCUUCCGCCGCUACUACAUACGCAGAAUACAUACAGCAGCGUCAAUCGGAAUCAAAUGACGAAUUAGGCUUACCCCCUUCUGAUAUAACAUCUGGCGAUGACUAYAACACGGGGGUCCAGAGCGGCACACCUGCCUCACCUGGAGCGGGAGGUAGUACGUUUGAUUAUGGUGGAACCUUUGAAAUAUAGUAGCUACUACUAUCUGUAUCAAUACUUAUCAUUGUCUCAGCAAAAUAGAUCUUGGUACAAAUA